CGGGCAGGCGGCAGCAGGCCAGUUGUGCUCUUCGCUGCCCCAUAAUGCCAAGCUCUACGCACAGCUCAACGCACGCGUUUCAGGACCGAGAUCCAAGACUAGGACCAUCCGCCGUACUUUGAAAAUGAAACAUCCAAGAACACGACAUGAGUGGGUGUCCAGCUCAUCGCCCGGCUCCAGCCGGUGUGUUUCGGUGCCUUUCCCUUCCCCCCCCCCCCCUUGUGGCGGAGGAGUUUCUCUGAAAGAAAAACCAGAAGGUGCGGUGGUUCGAGCUCAGCCUCUGAUCCUAAGGCUGCAGGUUUUAAUCCCAGGAGGGGCUUCCGUAACCGGCGACGCUGAGCUUGUUGCAGCGGCGGCCCCUCGAACAUCACACAUCAAACACGAGGCAAAGAGCCAAGUCGAAACGCAUUUGUGACGGUUGACGCCACGCGGCCACCUGUUGGAGACGUUGGCUUCCGGCCGCUUUGCAUGAGCGCGGCGCGCAGCCGUUUCAGGUGCCACUGCGGUGGGGUCGCGCUGCCUGGGUGAGUGGAACUGACUCCUGUCGACACCGGACUACCUGUUCGUAUGUGUACUUUUUUUACCGGUAUUCCCUCUGCUUUAUACCACGUUUACUGGUUUUGAUCGUCGGCAGCAGUACUAAGGCGCCACGAUGAAUAAGGAUGUUCAGGAGUUACUCAAUGUUUCUGAAACUUUCUCCUGUACAGGUGCUGAUGAGGACCUUUGCUAUGGGGGACAUGGAUGCGGUUCCGGAACGUUCCUCCACGCUGGCGUUUGGAUCGCAGUCGGACCCUUUUUGUCCGAUUGACAGAGGAGCACCACCUCCAGCGGGCAAUUUCAGCACAGCAGGUCUACGGGGAGAAGCGAGACAACAUGGUGAUUCCGGUGCCAGAGGCAGAGAGCAACAUCUCCUACUACGAUUCCCUCUACCCUGGGGAAUUCAGGAUGCCAAAGCAGCUCAUUCACAUACAGCCUUUCAGUCUGGACACAGAGCAGCCAGACUAUGACCUCGAUUCAGAUGAUGAGGCGUUUGUGAAUAAGCUGAGGAAGAAGAUGGAGAUUACUCCUCUACAGUUUGAGGAGAUGAUCGACCGUUUGGAGAAGGGCAGCGGACAGCAGCUGGUCACCUUGCAGGAAGCCAAGCUGCUUCUGAAGGAGGAUGACGACCUUAUCCGCGAGGUGUUUGACUACUGGACGCGCAAGCGAAAGGCCUGCAAGAGUGCCUCCCUCAUUCCUGUCGUCAAGCAGGAGAAGCGAGAUGGCUCCAGUACCAACGACCCCUAUGUUGCCUUCCGGCGGAGAACUGAGAAGAUGCAGACACGCAAGAACCGCAAGAACGAUGAAGCGUCAUAUGAGAAGAUGUUGAAGCUACGGAGAGACCUGAGUCGUGCAGUUACCAUCUUGGAGAUGAUCAAGCGACGUGAGAAGAGCAAGAGGGAGCUGCUGCACCUCACACUGGAGAUUGUGGAAAAGAGGUACAGCAUGGCGGAUUUCGGUGGGGAAGUGAUGGCAGAGGUCUUGGCACAGCGGGCUCUUAUCAAGCCAACGUACACCAUGCCUCUAAUACCCCUCUCCAGUAAUCAGUUCCGGCACCAGGAUCACCUGGAGCUCAAGGACUUUAAGCCCAAGCCCGAGAAGACGGAAGUGGUCAGGACGAAAAGGAAGUACGAGAAGAAGCCCAAAGUCUUACAGCCAUCGUCCUCAGUGUCCCAGCAGUCAGGUCACUCCAGCCUACCAGCAUUCAACGCCAAGGACCUGAACCAAUACGACUUCCCCAGCUCAGACGAGGAGCCCUUCUCUCAGAUGCUUUCAGGCUCUUCGGAAGCUGAGGAGGACAGCGACCCAGAUGGCCCCUUUGCUUUCCGCAGGAAGGCUGGCUGUCAGUACUAUGCUGCUCAGCCAGGCCAAGGCAGCAACUGGCCAUGGUGCGACCCCGGUGACCCGCGGUACCGCUACAGCCUGACCACCCUGACAGUUCCCCACCGUUGUGUGGGGUUGGCACGGCGACGUGUGGGCCGAGGGGGCAGGUUCCUGCUGGACAGAGCACACUCAGACCUGGACAACGUGUUUUAUGGGCUGGAUCCAGAAAUGCACUCCCUGCCGGCGCAGUCUCCGAAUGGCAAGCUUGCCAGUACCUCAGAAUCAAAUACCUCGGAUCGACCGGCACCCCCUGACUUGGGCCACAUCUUGUUGAACAUUAAGUCUUGUCGGUGGAGACACUUCAGACCUCGGACACUACCACGAGACUCAGACUCAUCAGGACUGUACAGGGGUUUGACCCGCGUGUCCAUGGCAAAUCCCAGGACACAGACGGGCGGAUCGACCUCCCAGAGCAGGACUGGGCCUGGACCAGCGCCAGCUGCUGCGCUCACGGCUGAGCAGUACCAGCAGCACCAGGAGCAGCUGGCUCUCAUGCAGAAGCAGCAGUUGGAGCAGAUCCAGCAGCAGCAGGCAGGCAAUGCCCCGGCUGCCUUGACAACACAGGGUUUAGUGUCAAAGACGCUGGAUUCUGCAAGUGCCCAGUUCGCCGCCUCAGCCCUGGUGACCACAGAAGAGUUGCUGGCUAUCAAGGCUAAGGAGGAGAUUGUGCUGGGCAUCGGUGUCAAUGGAGUCUUGCCAGGCUCGGGUGUCUACAAAGGCUUACACCUGGCGAGCGCCGCGCCUGCAGCCCUGGUUAACACGAGCCCGCCAGCAGCAGUGGCAGCCACGACGACAGCAAAUACAGCAGCGCCCGCCUUCCACCAGCCCUCUGCUGCCAACAGCAGCGGCAUGACUGCACAGACACCCAGCGGCCAUGGCGCCGCUGCUCAGGUCCUGAUGGGGAACAGCGUGCGCCUGGGCAUGUCAUCCGCAGGCGGCACCGUCAACUCAAUCACCACUCUCAACGCACGGCACAUACCCAGGACUCUAACCGCCGUUCCACCAUCUGCCUUAAAGCUGGCUGCUGCCGCCACCGCAAACUGCCAGGUGCCUAAGGUCACUGCCGCGUCUUCCCUGGACAUGGUGGUCAGGGAAAAUCACGAUCAAGAGACGACAGCGUUGAACAGUAUAGCGGACAGUACAGUGGCCAUGGAAGUAACGUAGUGUUUGGAAGGAAGGGCGUCGGCAUGGAAACUCACCCGGGCGCUAUGCAUUGUAGCAUAGUGGACACAGGGAAUGGCGGAGUGCAGCGCGUCGUUUCCGUGGCAACUGUCGGGACUCGAUUGCAAUGCUCAUCUCGUGCUUUUUUCAUUUAUUUGUUACUGUUAAUAAGAAGCAUCAACAUCUGUAAAUUAUGAAUAUGGCAAUUCUAUGUACAGUACUCCGUAUUUGUAAUACACUUGUAUAUAUGUUACUUGAAUACAGAACUGUUCAUUUGUGAUGUUUUGCACUUGGGAAAAAAAGUAAAACAAAAAAAAAAAAAAUUGCAACUGGUAAGUGAGGCGAGAGCGCCGUAGCGAAGACGGACGUCAUCACAUGUGCAUGGUGCGGAACCUGCUGUUUUACCUAUUUAUUGUGCUGUGUUUACAGUUUCUUUGUACACUGUACCUUCAUUGGUUCCUGUGCUGUAGUCAGUGUGUUAGGUAGCUAUGGACUCCUCGGUAUUUUCUAUAUUGUGAACAUUACUGGGUUCCCAGGUUGGGUCCCGAUUGUUCUGUGUAUCAUGUGGAAAUAAUGGUGACAUACAUACAGAAGUGUAUGGGGGGGGGGGCAGGGAUUCAAGGCUCGGGACGGUGGUGGGUCAUCGCUUUUUGGGAUCUUCCAGUUGUGGUCCCAAGACAAGUAACAAAUCAGGAAUGAAGUCUCUUUCCAGAAGCUUGUGCUGCUUCCAAAUUCACUGAGCACUUUUUUUUUUUUUUUUUUU